UUUUGACUCAUUCAUUCAUUACAUAAAAAAUAUUAAUUCCUUUCCGUUCAUGAAUUUGAGCUGCACUUGCACUGCACUUCCGACCUGCUCCUAUGACUUCUGAAGUUCGGCGGACUGACUUAAUUUACAGAUUGACCUGAUUGGCAUAUCUACUGCAGUCUCCGUUACUCUCGAUAGUGUCUGAUAUCUACUUACAUGAAAAUGGAACCAAAAGUGGACAACCCACUGAGUGUGUCUUGGCAUGAUAGCAACUGGAUACCAAUGUUGAACCCGACCAACAUAAUGGAUUAUUUUUCUGAGAGGUCUAAUCCCUUCUAUGACCGAAAUUGCAACAACGAAAUCGUCAAAAUGCAGCGGCUAAAUUCCGAUCAACUUAUGAACAUGACAGGAACUGAAUAUAUUUUGCUGCAUGUCCAGGAGCCAAUUUUGUAUGUUAUUCGCAAGCAGCACAGACAUAGUCCAGCCCAAGCAACACCCCUCACAGACUACUAUAUAAUUGCUGGAGUUGUGUACCAAGCGCCAGACUUAGGAUCAGUUUUCAGUUCUAGAAUUUUGUCUGCUGUGCAUAACUUGCAGGGCGCGUUUGACGACACAAUCUCUUUCUCAAGAUAUCACCCCUCAAAGGGAUACUCAUGGGAGUUCAAGGAUAAGAACCAGAAAGUGGCUGCAGCGAGUACAAGCAAAAAGAGCAGCGAUCGGGAAGAGGCGAGUUCCGUGUUUCAGAGACAACGCGUGGAUAUGCUUCUCCGAGAAUUGACCAACAACUUUCCUCCGAAGGUCAUCCAGCCUGUACCAUUGGCCCCCACAGAACAAGCAAAACCCGCCACAGAUGAAGUUCAGAUCAAGACAGAGCCAAGAACAGAGAAGUCCGAAGCACCUCUGCCGCAAGGACGAAUGAGACCUCCUCCAGAAAAGAAACCUAAACUGAGUUGAGUGAUGAAUAAAAGACACUUUUUCUAUUUGAGCAAA